GUAUUCAGCUAGUAAUGUGGUAGAUGGAAAAGAACUAUGAAAUAUGAAAUACUAAUUGUAGUAUUCAUAAAAACAUGGCAAAAGAACUGUACAUUUUUUUUGUUAGAUUUGUAAAAUAUAUUUAUAAAAAAUCUUUUUAUUAUUUGUCAAAAAAACGUCAAUUUAUGCGUCAAUUACGACAUUAGUGACAGACUGACAUAACGUAAAAUAUAACCUCACUGUUUUUAUCAACGAAGUAACAACUUAAUUGGUUGUAUUAAAUGAGCCGGUGAUAAAACUUAAAGAAUUUUAAUUUAAAAAUGUUAAGUUUUUUAAUACACAACAUGUUAUUUUUUCUAAUAUAUCUAACUUAUUUUUUCGUCGAAAUCAAUUGUAAUCGGCAAUUAAUCUAUGCCGUAAACUGUGGAGGUGAAGCCCAUACGGACACGUUCGGUAUUCGAUACGAAAGGGACCCUUUGCACGGCCGGAUCGGCAUCGCCUCCGAUUACGGAAAGCGCCUUCUAAUAGGCCGGGUGCCCCCGAACGAUUACAUUCUGUAUCAAACAGAGAGGUACCACACAAACACCUUCGGCUACGACAUUCCAGUUAACACGGAUGGAGAUUACGUACUCGUCUUAAAAUUCUGCGAAGUGUACUUCAACGCACCGGACCAGAAAGUUUUCGAUGUUGUUCUCAACGGAGAUCACACUGUGGUCGCUGAUUUGGAUAUAUUCGAGAAAGUCGGGAGAGGAGUGGCUCACGAUGAGUACAUACCGUUUAGAAUUACCAAGGGACGUUUGCAUUUCAAUGGAGAAGAAUCGGACAUAAGAGGUGGGCGUAUUCGCGUUGAAUUCAUAAAAGGCUACAAGGACAAUCCUAAGAUCAAUGCGAUGUACGUUGUGAAAGGUAAAUUGGAAGAUGUUCCCAGGUUGCCUCCUAUACCAGUCGAGCCGAAUCCUCUGGAAGAUGUUAAAGAAGAAACCGAGACGUUUACGAAAACUAGGAAACCGAGCGGCCCGAGACAGCCUGAUCCAUAUACUUUAGAUGAUUCCUCACACAUGUUACCUAUUUUCAUUGCGAUAGGAGCCUUUAUUCCUUUAUUGUUUUGUUUAUGCAAAUUGUGAUCAGACUAGUGAUUUUUUUAAAUGACUAUUACCGCUCAAUCAUGACUGGUUAGGAAUAAUAUUUAUUAAGGAAUGUAAUUUUAUGUGAGCAUCAGUAUAUUCGAAAUUUAUCUGGUAUCAAUUCAUCUAUGAUGAAACUGAGGAAGCAUGAUUAUAUUUUACCGUACUAAAUUAUUAAUUACAAUUUAUUAUUAAAUAAAUUUCUUGUACUAGCAUAUUAAUUGCAUUUGAAGAGUUUUUGUAUUGAUGUUCAUCAUACAAUAAAUGGAGUAUCGUUUUACAUUUUAUUUUAAAUUAUUCAGUGAGGUUGUUACACAUUAUAAAAGUAUAUAUUAUUAUUAUGUAAAGUAGGCAUUUAUUUGAAGCAAAAGUAAUUGAUUACCUUGAAAAGUACAUUUUUGUUGUAUCUGUAAAUGGUGGGCUGUCGGUGUUUAAGCUGAUUCAUUAAACCUCAUUUUUUACACUGCAUUCGAAUAAGCAAUAGUACGAGUGUAAAUAAUUAGCUUCUAUGUUACUGGCGAAACUAGAAAUAAGUUGGUAUGGUAAAAGAUGAGGUGUCGGGUUUUUUGCUUCUAUAAAGUACUGAAGUAGAUGAUAGUUUUAAUUUACUCUUUUUUCGAAUUUUGCCCCUAAUAUAAUUUGUUUUAUUGUACUUAAUAUUUAUUAUUUUUGUUAAAAAUAAUUGCUAGUUAGAGACUGAAAUAAAAAAUUGAAUAUUUCAUUAUGUGUUGAUGAUUUAGAAUAUAACAAAAACGCCACUGUGAAUCAAUAUUAUGAAUAAUUUUAUUUUCCAUAUAAUGAGAGCUACAUAUUGACAUUAAUAAUGUAGGUAACAUACUGCAACAGUAUUUUUAACAACAUUAAUAGAAAAAAAUUAGGCCAUAUUUAUUUAACAACCAUUCACCGUAUCAAGACCAAUUCCCAUAGUUUGCUAACUUUUAAAAUGUUUUCCAAUAAUCUUGCGUAUUCUUAAACAAGUAUUUUGUUGUUAGUGACUUCCAACCUUCCCUAAUACUCGGUUCUAAUUUUAAAAUAAUAACUCCGCUAUUUCUGUAGACAAUAGAAAUUGAAGUAUAAUUGCAUGUUUCUAGAAUAAAAAAUUGAAUUUUUAAAAAAAUACUAUUUUUCUAUAUUUAAAUACUUUAAUAUUUCUGAAACUGAAUUAUACAAUUAGUUGAGCUAUUAUUUCAAAUAUUGGCGAUACUUUGUUUUAAUAGAAAUUCAAAAUUCGAAUAAGAAUUAUCCAGAAAUUCUUUCACACACCAAUGUAAUACACAGAGAAUCUUGUAGAGAUACAUUUAUAAAUAGAUUAAAUAUAUUCUAAUGCUACCAUUAAAAAUUAAGUGAUAAUCACAGAUAUAUUAUUACAUUCAAAUGUAAAUUUCUAAUCUACAUGAUUUUUGAUAUAUUUGUACAUGUGUGCGACAUGACAUUUAUUAUGAAAGACAAGAAUUGGAUAAAAGUGAAAUUGUCGUUAAUGGUAAAAUUUCAUACAUAUUCGUAGGUAUAUGAAAACUCACUAUUCGUUAUACCCGUAAAUGGGAAGGAUAAUAGACAUUUAAAAUUUAUAUUCACAAUCAUUUAAUAGAACAGUUUAUAAUAAUUUAUAUAUUAAUUUUUAUUGUAUAGCUAAAUUAUUUUUUUCCUUUAAUUAUUGUAAUUUGAUUCGUAUUUUUGUAUAAAUAGGGUUUAUGGCACACGUUUCUUUUACAAUUAGUUCUGUUCAUUUUAUUUUUUGUCCAAAACUUUAAAUAUAAUUUCCAAUGAAUUUCAAAAUUGUCUCCUCGUUCCAUUUUAGUACUGAGCUCGGUAAGCUUAGGCUUAAAAUUUCCCUAUUUCUCUCAUAUUCAAAUAGAAUAAACAUUACGAUCUACUUCAGUUAGUUUAGUGUUUUAAUUUGAUGGUAUAAAAUUUAAUGAUGACUUAAUGAUGAAUGACCUAAGUCUAAAUAAAAUAUGCUCUUGUUUCAUUGAAUACAUUAUAGUAAACGUUAUAAAUUUAGAAACGAAUUAAACUAUUUUAAGACACAAGAUACACCGGCAAUUUUAAGUGUUUGAAUUAGAUGAACAUUAACAUUCGAAAUAAAUCAAUAUUAACAUUCAUAAGCAUUCCUAAAAUGAAAUUGGAAACAGUAUAUUUAAUAAAUGUGAUAUAAUCGCCUGGAAAUGCGGAAUAACUAAAUUAUCUAGUAAUUAUAAGUUUACCCAAUGUUUUAUAAUUUUACCUUAUCCGUUCUUGUUAUGGAGAAUAUCCUCAUUUUAUAAAGUUUGCCUCAAAAAUGUGCUUACAUGGAUGAAGCACACAUUUUUUAUCCUAAAAUAUUUGAAGGAAUUACAAUACUAAUGUAAAUCUUUUGAAAAUCAAUAACUUAGCAAUAGCAAUAACAACGAUGCUUAUAAUUAUUGACAUUAUUCACUACAAUACCAUUCUAAUAAUUUAGAAAAUCUAAUUAUUCAAAAAUAGAUUUAUUAUUUAAUUUUCUAGAAGUGGAAAGUUGGAAAAACUUAAAAUUAAUCUAACAAAAUCGUAUUUACACAUCACAUGAAUUACAUAACGCUAUUUUUUUUCAUAAAAAUCCAAAGUGUUAACCGAUUAAAUUCGGACGAUUCUUUUAGAAUAUAAGUAUCUGGUUUCAAAUCAUUAUUUACGUGGAUUUGAGUUGUACUAAAAAAGGAACUUAGAAUUUUUGCAGUAUGUAAUUCAAAUGCCACAAAAAUCCAAUAGAACGAAAAUAAAGCAUACAAUAUGUCAUUGGGAACAUCUUUUAAUAUUCUUGUUUUUCUAACGAAUAUAAGACGUAAGAAGUAGGUAUAUUUUUAAACAUUAUCAUAAAGAUAUUUUAUCACAAACACAUAUUUUUGGCCAACAAUAGACCUUAAAAUCGAUUAUAUAUGUACAUUGUAUGGAGUUUCUUUUUCAAUGCUCAAUAAAAAGAGUAAUUUAAAAAUAAAUAUAAACCUAUAAUCGGACUAAAGAGUCAUAAUUUAAAAUAAUGAUGUUAAUUCAAGUAAUUGAAUUACGAUAGAAAAAUAUACUAACAACUUAAAAAACAUGACACAUUGAAAGAGGAACCUUCAUUAUUCAAAGCGUUUUCAUUAUCUAUUUCUAAAAAAUAUUUUGGAACCAAACAUGAUCUGAUAGAUUUGCUGCAUUAUGUAUAAAAUAUGAAUAAUUUUUAACCGAUCGCUCAAAAUUCUUUGGUAAACUAAAAUAAAGAUUUUCUGUGAAUUUUUAAUAAAUAGAAUAACUUUCAUGCUUUGUGCUCUUUGACAAAUUGCCCAAGAAAAUAACUUCAAUUAAAAUUAAUUUCAAAGAUUUCUUCGCAUCUGCGUGUAAAUUGUUCCACCACUUUUAGGGCGAAUUAACAAAACAAUAAAUAAAAAAGAACCUUAUACACAAAUUUGAAAUAACUAUGACCUAUUGUUGGGAUCCGAUAUUUGGUGUUGCUUGAACAGCAACGUUUCCUCAAAUAUUAAUCUUUUCAAAGUAUCUUUCGGCAAAUCAUCCAACUCCGUGUCGAAUCUAAAAGGCGUCUCAGCGACAGGCU